AUGAUAUGGGGGAGUUCUCUUGGCAUUUUAAAGCCUCAACCAAUCUAUGUUCUCCACUCCAAGCAAUUUCUUUGCCACCACCUAUUGGUUGAAACAAGGAGAAACUCAAGUUUGUUGGGAAGGGCUUUCAUCCAUGAUCUCAAGAUUGUUGGAGAUGGCUUUCAUCUAUGGUUACCAAGUAUAAGCUACAUCCACAAGGAGAAGCUUUUGUCCAAUUUGUAUCCAUAUGCAGGUGCAUUAGGCAGGAUCAAAGGAGUUCUGAAAGAAUUCGUCUUCUUGGGACUAAUCAAGUUUGUCUUUCAUUUCAUUAAAAUGCUCACAAGUCAUAACACUACUUAACUUGAAGGUCGAGCAGUAAACCCUCACUGUCUAAGCUGAAUGCAGCAAUCAUUAGAACCGAAAAGACCAUGUGAACAAGGCAAGUACUUGUGAAAGCUUCAACUUAUAUGGGCAGGAGGAAAAUUUUGUUCCGACUUUACAAAUUUUCCCGGACACGGACAGGGAUAUGGAUAUUCUUGUAGAGUUGCCAGCUUUCAAACUUGAGUUGCUACCAAGGCUUCUAAAUCUUUAACAGCAUGGUCGACUGCAUACAGUAUCAUUUUCUUUAUCUGCACCACCAAAAGAUAAUGCCUUAAAUCAAACUUGGAAGAAUCAAAGUGAAGUAAAGAGAAGGAAAGUU